UCACUAAAUGUUAAAUUGAAUUUAGAUGACUUUUGAGUCACCCUAACGCUACUGCCGCUGCUCAUGGACUCUACACUAACUAUGAACACAGCGAAAACUGUUAGAUGCCUUUCAUUGCUCGAUCAAUCAACUUGUUUGGUUGCAGGUCCAUUAAAAAUUUGUGUUUUCUGAACUUUAAGUUCUACUUUUUUCAAACAGUGUGACAAAGACUGAAUAUUAAAUGGAAAAUAAGCCGAUAGAUGAUAACAAAAUUAAAGCACCGCUCUUCGGCGCGCGUCAUGUACAGUGUGUUCUAAUAUUUCUGGGACUCUCUGCAGCGAUCACGCAACGCGUAAAUCUUUCGGUGGCGAUAGUGGCAAUGAUGGAUAAGAAUUCCACAAACCCCAAUUUUGAGGAGUACCAAUGGUCCGAGAAGACCAAAUCCUACCUGCUCAGCAGUUUCUUUUGGGGAUAUUUUGUGACACAAAUACCGGGCAGUCAAUUGGCGCACAGAUUUGGUGGUAAAAUAACGCUACUACUUAGUAUAGUACUAAGUGGCGUCUUGGCUUUACUCACGCCGUUGAGCGUGCGUUUGGGUGAUUGGCCACUGCUCUUCGCGCUGCGUUUGUGUCAAGGUCUCAUACAGGGUAGUAUCUUUUCAUCGAUACACACACUGCUCUCCAAAUGGAUACCAGCCGAGGAGCGUGGCUCACUUGGCACCUUUUGCUAUACCGGGCUGGGCUUUGGUAGCGUGCUAAUGAUGUUGGUCAGCGGUUGGAUUGCCUCUUCCACCUUCGGCUGGCCGGGCAUAUUCUAUUUCACUGGCUUAUUCAGCUUAAUUUGGGGUUUCGUUUGGUACUUUGUUGGCGCUAGCACGCCAAGCGAAUGCAAAUCGAUGACUGUGGGGGAGCGUUUGUAUAUUGAAGCGGCAAUGGUGACAACGGCUAAACCGGAGCAUGACCAUGCAACCUUGAAGACACCAUGGUUGAAGAUACUCACAUCUGUGCCUUUCUGGGUGCUAUUGUUGGCACAGAGCACCUACGCUUUUGGCUAUUGGACAUUGCUGACACAAAUCCCUUCAUACAUGAAGAGCAUACUGGGACAGGAUAUCAAGAGCAGUGCUCUCAUGGCCUCAGCACCUUAUCUUGCUAAUAUGUUUUUGACAUUUAUAUUUUGUGUUUUAGCCGACUUUUUGAUGAAACGUGGCUACACCAGCGUCAAUGCGAGUCGUAAGUUGUUCAACACUAUCGGUUUUUGGGUGCCCGUAGUACCGAUCAUACUACUCGGCUAUAUGCGCGCCGAUCAGAGUGAGUUGGCGCUGGUUUUGCUGGUUAUUGCUGUUGGUGUGAAUACAGCCGGCAAUUUGGGGUUUCUCACCAAUCAUAUUGAUUUAUCACCCAAUUUUGCUGGUGUCCUUAUGGGCAUAGCGAAUUGUGCGGCAAAUGUGAUGAGCUUAUCGGCCCCAUUGACGGUGGGCUUCAUUGUCACAGAUGCGAAAAAUGUGCAGCAGUGGCGCAUUGUCUUCUACAUUGCCGGUGGCAUGUACUUCGUUGGCAAUUUAUUGUUCAUUAUGUUUGGCCAGACGAAAAUCCAGCCCUGGAACUAUCCUAAAACUGAGCGGAAUGAGCGCGAUCACAUCCAAUUUGAAACUAUUAAAAUGGAGACCGAGAAGAUUUGAGAGGUCUAGGCAUUUCUGAAAACGAAAAUCAUAGUAUUUAAAACUAAUUGCAGAAAAUAGAAUAAUUAACAGUUAAAUUGCUCUGGUGGCGCUCUUUGUGGUCUACAGAAAUCCAAUUUAAAAAAUUGUAUUUAAUAUUAUAAACUAGAAUAAAUCAUGUUUAUGCUUAGUGAAAAGAAAACUUCUGCUAUAGCUGUUAAUGGCCAUAUUAACACUUGCCUCUUGAAGAUAAAAAAUAUAGGGCGAAUAACAUCGUUUUUCUAAUUGUCAUAAGCAGUGUUUGCGCAACUGUAGUGCGCUCAUUAUCUCGAUUUAGGGCCAACACUACUCUAGUUAUUUAACAAUAAGCCUCUUUUAACUCUCUUUUAACUAGUCAAGGUUUAAUCAUUUAAGUUGGUUUAGAGGACUAGUGUUUAAAGGGA